AUGGGAGGAAGUUGCAGCUGCUUGUCUUAAGACUAGAGAGACUAAAACUAAUCCUAUAUGGAUUCAACUAGAAAUAACUCAAGAAUGAGCAAGAAUCUUGAGUCUCAGAUGAAACCAUAACCACAUCCGACCAAGAGCAAAGAAUUAGUAGGAGGAAUUAAUUCAAUGUCAAAUCAGAGUUUAAACUCAACGAAUUUGGGUUCAAAUGACAAUGGCUAUGAAAUGGGAGGGAGUCUGAGCUAUGGAAACAACACCUACUAGAACAAGUUGGCUGAUUAUGUCAAGAAAGGUGAUGAUGUGCAUGCAAAUGAUACCAAUCAGAACAAAUCCAAUUAGAAUUAUUCUGCUCAGGGCUACAAUUCCAGGUCAUCUGUCAAAAAAGACCUAGAAAUUUAGAUUCCACAGGAUGAAUACCAGGGCUAAAUUAAAAACGAGGAGUAUGAAGAUGAUUAAUCUGAAAUUCAAAGGAUAGUCACACCAUCUGGGUAAUCAGAUGACACUGAGAUGAACCGAAUGGGUGAUAAUUAGUCAAUGUAUUCACAUGACACUGAGCUUAGAAGGAUCGACAAUGCUUCGCAGUCUGAUAGAUCUGGCACAAUUAUCAAUAGAAUCCCUUAAGGUUCAACCAGAUCUUAAUUCACAGACACAAGCAUGGUGAGAGUUGUCGAAGAUGAUGAAGAUGAUUAAGAGUCUAAUUAUUUGAGAAAACUAGAAAGCAAUAAUUAGGGCAAAGAUCACUCAAGACAAUAUGCUUAGUCCAUUAACUAAAAAGUCUUCCCUUAAACUACAACUAUGAAAGAUAAUUCAAAUAAAUUUGGAGGAAAAUAGAGAAAACUUACAAAUGAGGAUAGUGAUGGUAUAAAAGUGGAUGAUGGAAUGGAUUUUAAUAAUGGCUAAUCAGACAUUGGUUCUUAAUUUGAUUAAUUGAGAGAUGCUAAUGGAUCAAUGGAAAGCUAUGAGAGAGGAUCUUCAUAUUUCAAGAAGGGAGACUUGAAUAGCAAACUCAACAAGAUAGCAAACUAGUAAAAUAACAACGAUGACUAGUAUUACAACCAAAACUAUAUGGAUGGAAAAGAUUCAAUGUAGAGUGAAAUGAAUAAUCAUCCUGCAGUCUUGAACAAGAAGGUUAAUUACGAAGAUCUUGAUAGCAACUAUCAAUCGCAGAGAAACACUUUAAAAGUUGAUUCUUACCUUAAUACUGAGGCGCUUGAUGAAGAUGGGGAUAAUAGUCAGUACUCAAAGAAUAGGAAUAUUAAAGGCAAUGUAAAUAAUAAGUAUAAUAGAUCAGACAGUAGAGACAGUUAUUGA